AUGCGAGCUGUCUACCUCUGCGCGGUCGCAGCAGCCCUGCGGCCCGCGCCACGGACGCGACGACGGACGCGCCUCGGGUCGUCGACCGACGUCGACGACUUCCGGCAGCGCCUGGAGGCCGGCGCCUUCUUCCUCGACGACGGCCGACACGACGUCAUCGCGUGCGACACGCGGCAGGCCGCGCAGCAUGCUGGGGAGGCGCUAAAGGCGGCCGUGCUCACGGGCGAGCGGCGUUGUGUGAUUGACUGCCGCGUCGACACCUUCGACUCGACGUCGCGCCGCUUCGCCGCCGACGACACGGCGAGAUGGAUAAGACGCUGCGCGAACGAGGUCGCGUUCUUCUUCGAGACCUGCACGCUGCUCUACCCGCAAGCCGCGUCCGGCGCGGCGCCGACGGCGGCCGGGCUGCCCGUCGAGCCCCUCCUCAAAAAAUGGGGGCAGGUCAUGGACGGCUCCGAGGACCACGGUUUGGCACCGACGGACUGUUUCUUCGUCGUGUCGCCGUCGACGUUUGACGAGCUCGUGGCGCUGCGACGGUUGUACCGAGCGGCGAUGGCGGCGCGGGCGCUCAUCGUCGUCGUGAACCACGGCUUCGAGGCGCCGCCGCCCGAACUCGAGGAGGCUUCGGAAGUCUACCGGCUCCAGCCCCUCGAUAUCGAGGAGCCAUCCACAGGGAAAGUCGCGCGCGUCUGCGUGUCGCGGCGCUUCCCCGCAUCAUAUGAAGUUUACGCUGCACGCGGAAAACAGUACGAGGCGUCGAAUCGGGGUGUGUUCAAACAAAAACCGGACGACGCCGUCGUGCGGGCCGUGGCAAGACAGGUCCUAGAUGAAAGUUGA